UGUAAACGACGGCGUAGUUUGAUCGCUGAUCUUCGUAUCAGCCUCGCAGCAGGUCGUCUGGUACCAUCAGAACAUGGAUCCGUACAACCGGAGCGGUUGCCGUUGCUAAAGGUUAUUCUCUCUACCAUUCACUUCGGAAGUUUAACAGCAUAAGCCGAUAGAUUUGGGUAUGUGAUUUAACAUAGAUCGAUUUAAAACUGCAAUCCAUUGUCCUAAAGUCUAUUCAUCAUUGAAGAUCGAGAUUAUAGCAUCACCGGAUCCCAUAACAAUCCCGGAUUUACUGUGAAUCACUUCAUGUUGGUAGUUUUUCGAUGGAUCCGAAAUCCCCUUCGAAAACAAAGCUUCCGACAUUGGGAUUUAUUCGUCAUUUUAGAGCAUUCAAAUUGGCCAUCGCCAUUGUGAUAAUUGUACUAUUGAUCUUAAUUGGUUUUUACCUUGUUCGUAACCCUGGGUUUAAUAGAAACAGUUCAUAUUUUACUGUUGUGUUGGACUGUGGAAGUAGUGGAACAAGAGUAAACGUAUAUGAAUGGAUGAUGUCAAAUGAUGGAAUCAUAACUAAUUCGAAUUGGGAAUUGCCCAUUUUGUUACAUUCUUUUCCUGAUAAUUCAACAAAGAUUGAAGAUCAGAAAGAUGGUUGUGCAUACCAUUGUAUGCAAACUGAGCCUGGUUUGGAUUCAUUUGUUGGGAAUGCUUCUGGGGUGAAGGAAUCUUUGGAGCCAUUGAUUCAAAGGGCUGAAAAGUGGGUACCUCAAGAACGAUAUAAAGAUACUCCGAUCUUCGUCUUAGCUACAGCCGGAUUAAGAAGAUUGAACCAGGAAGUUGCUAUGGGGGUUUUGGAUGAUAUCGAGGUGGUUGUUAAGUUACACCAGUUUAGAUACAGGAAAGAUUGGAUUAGGGUUUUGAGUGGGAGAGAAGAAGCUUAUUAUGGUUGGAUUGCUCUCAAUUAUCACAUGGAUGUAUUUAGGAAUUCAUCAAGAUUGGCCACAUUAGGCCUUCUUGAUCUUGGAGGUUCAUCGCUGCAGGUAGCAACAGAAAUCGAAGAUCCAACAAUGGAUGAUCAUCAUGAUGGUGUUUUCAGAUCAAAGAUUGGUUCUUUUGAGCAACCGAUUUUGGCAGCCUCAUUACCGGCUUUUGGAUUGAACAAAGCUUUUGAUAGAACUGUGCUUAUGCUGCUCAGAGAACGUGGUUUAGAAACUUCCGAGAUCAGCCAUCCUUGUUUAGGACACGGAUUUACGCAGAACUAUACUUGCCGUGACUGCUUUAUUGAUGGAAAUUCACCUACCCAAAUGAGAGAGAGCGACAAAUUUUCCUUACACUUGGUCGGGGAGCCGAAUUGGGAGAAAUGCAAAAGGCUAGCAAGAGCUGUUGCCAUUAAUUCAAGCAGUUCAUCAGACUGGUCUAAACUUCCAGAUGAUUCUAACUGCACACGACUUUCUUCAAUGAGUGACGAAAAUAUACUGAAAAUGGUUGGAGGGAGUCACUCAGUUGCACGUUUCCAUGCAUUAUCUGGAUUCUUUGCCGUUUACAAUUUGUUAAACUUGAAGGCAUCAGCAAAUCUAUCGAUGAUUUGGGAGAAAGGGCAGCAGCUAUGUUCAAGAUCAUUGAACAUGCCGACGAAGCAAAAGUAUGCUGAUUUUCUGUGUUUCCGAGUUCCUUAUAUGGUUUCGCUCGUUGAAAACACCCUCUGUAUUGGCGAUAGAGAUAUCGUGUUUGGUCCUGGGGAACUUUCUUGGACUUUAGGAGCUGUGUUGGUCGAAGGGAAAGACGUAUGGCUGAGUGACGCUUCGAGAGCUCGGAAUAUCAUUCCCGAUUUAAGAUUUAGGAGGGUGAUAUUGUCACCCUAUUUUCUAUUUGUGCUUCUUGCAUUCCUCUUAUUCAUUGUUUAUCGCAGCCAGAUUAAGCUGCCCAUGCCAGGGAGGAAGGCUGCAUCUUUGCCAUCGUACGUCGGUCCCAAACGUCGCCCUGCCUAGUG